ACAUCAGCAGUUUGAGAUGUAUAAGGAGCAAGUGAAGAAGAUGGGUGAAGAAUCACAGCAGCACCAGGAGCAGAAGGGUGAUGCCCCAACCUGUGGCAUCUGCCACAAAACAAAAUUUGCUGAUGGCUGUGGCCAUAACUGUUCAUAUUGCCAAACUAAAUUCUGCGCACGCUGCGGAGGAAGAGUGUCUCUGCGGUCAAAUAAGGUAAUGUGGGUAUGUAACUUGUGCCGAAAACAACAAGAAAUCCUCACAAAAUCAGGAGCCUGGUUCUAUAACAGUGGAUCACACGCACCACAGCAGCCAGACCAAGAAGGAAUUAGAGCUCUGAGGAACGAGGAAGCACCUCAAGAGAAAAAAGCAAAACUGCAGGAGCAUCCGCAGUACCAAGGACCACCAGGUGACAUAUCCACACAAGCUUUGGACAAAAACAGAUCUCAAGGGCUCACAAGACAAGACUCCAUUAAGAAUGGUUCAACAGUAAAGCAUCAAGUGACAAGUGACACAUCAGACAGGAAAAGAAGCCCUUCAAUAUCAAGAGAACAGAGCAGAAGAUACGACCAAAGGGACGAGAGAGACGAAUAUUCACAGUAUGCUACAUCAGACAGUGCGAUGCCCAGGUCACCAUCAGAUUAUUCAGAUAGGCGGUCACAGCGUGGGCCUCAGUUAUACGAAGAACCUGAACUGGGUGAUUAUAGAGAUUCCAACAGAAGGAGCCGCAGGCGUUCCAAGGAGUAUCCGGUAGAAGAAGAAGAUGCACAAAGCAGGGAGGAAUAUGAAAGGCAAAGGAGGGAAGAGGAAUACCAGGCGCGAUACAGAAGUGAUCCUAAUUUGGCUCGUUAUCCAGUCAAGCCACAGCCAUAUGAGGAGCAGAUGCGUAUCCACGCCGAAGUGUCCCGAGCACGCCAUGAACGGAGACAUAGCGAUGUCUCACUGGCAAAUACAGAGUUGGAAGAUUCUCGGAUGUCCAUGCUCAGGAUGGAACGGCCAUCAAGACAAAGGUCAGUGUCUGAGCGCAGGGCUGCCAUGGAAAAUCAACGUUCAUACUCUAUGGAAAGAACUCGAGAGGCUCAGGGACCAAGUCCCAAUCGUCAGAGGACCACAAAUCAUAGCCCUCCUACACCUAGGAGGAGCCCAAUUCCUCUGGAAAGACCUGACAUGAGGCGCUCUGAUUCUUUAAGGAAACAGCACCAUUUGGAUCCCAGUUCUGCUGUUCGGAAAACAAAACGUGAAAAGAUGGAGACCAUGUUACGGAAUGAUUCGCUCAGCUCAGACCAGUCUGAAUCCGUCAGACCUCCACCACCAAAGCCCCAUAAAACGAAAAAAGGAGGUAAAAUGCGCCAGGUUUCAUUAAGUAGCUCAGAAGAAGAAUUGGCAUCCACUCCAGAAUAUACAAGUUGUGAUGAUGUAGAGAUUGAAAGUGAAAGUGUUAGUGAAAAAGGAGACAUGGAUUACAACUGGUUGGACCAUACGUCUUGGCAUAGCAGUGAGGCAUCCCCAAUGUCUUUGCAUCCAGUAACUUGGCAACCAUCCAAAGAUGGAGAUCGUCUCAUUGGUCGGAUUUUGUUAAAUAAACGACUAAAAGAUGGAAGUGUGCCUAGAGAUUCAGGAGCAAUGCUUGGAUUGAAGGUAGUAGGAGGAAAGAUGACUGAAUCAGGUCGACUCUGCGCGUUUAUCACCAAAGUUAAAAAAGGAAGCUUAGCUGAUACAGUGGGGCAUCUUAGACCAGGUGAUGAAGUAUUAGAAUGGAAUGGAAGGAUACUCCAAGGAGCCACCUUUGAGGAGGUGUAUAACAUCAUUUUAGAAUCCAAACCUGAGCCACAAGUAGAGCUUGUAGUUUCAAGACCAAUAGGGGACAUUCCCAGAAUACCUGACAGCACACAUGCACAGCUGGAGUCCAGUUCUAGUUCAUUUGAAUCUCAAAAAAUGGACCGACCUUCUAUUUCAGUGACUUCUCCUAUGAGUCCUGGCAUGUUAAGGGAUGUUCCACAGUUCUUGUCUGGACAACUUUCAAGCCAAAGCCUUAGUAGAAGAACAACGCCUUUUGUUCCUAGGGUUCAGAUAAAACUGUGGUAUGACAAGGUUGGUCAUCAGUUAAUAGUGACCAUACUGGGAGCAAAGGAUCUUCCUUCAAGGGAAGAUGGGAGGCCAAGGAAUCCUUAUGUUAAAAUUUACUUUCUUCCAGACAGAAGUGAUAAAAAUAAAAGAAGAACAAAAACAGUAAAGAAAACAUUGGAACCUAAGUGGAAUCAGACAUUUAUUUAUUCUCCAGUUCAUCGGAGAGAGUUUAGAGAACGAAUGUUAGAAAUCACUCUCUGGGACCAAGCACGAGUUCGAGAGGAAGAAAGUGAAUUUUUAGGAGAGAUUCUUAUUGAGUUAGAGACAGCAUUACUAGAUGAUGAACCUCACUGGUACAAACUUCAAACACAUGAUGUCUCUUCAUUGCCACUUCCCCAUCCCUCACCAUAUUUGCCGCGCAGACAACUCCAUGGCGAGAGUCCCACACGGAGGUUACAAAGAUCGAAAAGAAUCAGUGACAGUGAAGUCUCUGAUUAUGACUGUGAUGAUGGAAUUGGUGUUGUUUCAGACUACCGACAUAAUGGGAGAGAUCUUCAAAGUUCAACACUGUCAGUGCCAGAGCAAGUAAUGUCAUCUAAUCAUUGUUCUCGAUCAGGGUCCCCUCACCGUGGAGAUAGUAUAGGACGGACUAGAUCGUGGUCUCCCAGUGUCCCUCCCCCACAAAGUCGGAAUGUGGAUCAGGGCCUGCGAGGGACUCGAUCGACCCCUGCUCAUUACAACACCCUGAACCGCAUGGACAGGCACCGAGGGAUGGACGACCACUACUCCCCCGACAGAGACAGUCAUUAUGUUACUUUACCUCGUUCCCGGUACACCCAGUCCACAGAUCACCAUUACAGGGAUGUCAGCCAGGAUCACACAAUGUAUCCUCUGUUUUGUGAAGAUGCAAUCCGAUUACUCCGCUCCCGUACCAUGUGCCGUACCUAUUCUGAGGGUGCUUACUAUGAUCUUGAGAGGAGGACUAGGCAGGAGAGAAGAGUGCCUAAUUCAUAUUAUGAUGACACAGCCUAUACUCCUGAAAGGUGGUACAAUGGUGCAAGUUCAUGGGCAGAUGAUAUAGUCAAUGGUUCAGCUGAAAAAUAUGGGAAUUGUGAAGCAGCAGAUAGACAGCCAUAUCAAAGAUCCCGAUCAACAGAGCAACGUCCUGUGCUAGAGCGGACCAACUCCCGCUCCCGAUCCACAGAGCGUCCUGACUCAAACCUCAUCAGGUCGAUGCCUUCAUUAAUGACUGGAAGAUCUGCCCCUCCUUCACCUGCCUUACCGAGGUCACAUCCUCGAACUGGGUCUGUCCAGACAAGUCCAUCAAGUACUCCAGUAGUAGGGCGAAGGGGCAGGCAGUUACCACAGCUCCCACCAAAGGGGACGUUGGAGAGAAAAGAAAAGAAAACAGAUCCAGAGAAUGGGGAUACAGGUGCAAUGGAUGUAGAAGAAAGGAAUCGCCAAAUGAAAAUGAGCAAGUACAAACAGGUAGCAGGAUCAGAUUCCAGGCUGGAACAAGAUUAUCAUUCUAAGUACCGGUCGGGGCGGGAUCCUCACCGGGGCUCGGACAACGUGUCCAACAAGUCUUCGGACAGCGAUGUCAGCGACGUCUCGGCCGUGUCCCGCACCAGCAGCGCCUCCCGCUUCAGCAGCACGAGCUACAUGUCUGUGCAGUCAGAGCGCCCCAGGGGAAACAAGAAAAUCAGUGUCUUUACAUCCAAAAUGCAAAGCAGACAGAUGGCCGUCUCAGGAAAGAACAUGACAAAGAGCACCAGCAUCAGUGGGGAGAUGUACACGCUGGAGAAGAACGACGGCAGCCAGUCGGACACGGCAGUGGGCUCUGUAGGAGGCGGCAGCAAAAAGAGACGCUCCAGCAUUGGUGCAAAGAUGGUCGCCAUCGUGGGGCUGUCGAGAAAAAGCCGCAGCACGUCACAGCUCAGCCAAACUGAAGCAGGGGGCAAGAAGCUGCGGAGCACGGUCCAGAGGAGCACGGAGACAGGGCUGGCCGUGGAGAUGAGGAACUGGAUGACUCGCCAGGCGAGCCGGGAGUCAACAGAUGGGAGUAUGAACAGCUACAGCUCUGAGGGAAAUUUGAUCUUCCCUGGAGUGAGAUUGGCUGCAGACAGCCAGUUCAGUGAUUUUCUGGAUGGACUUGGUCCUGCCCAGCUUGUAGGACGACAGACUUUGGCAACACCAUCAAUGGGAGAUAUUCAGGUGGGAAUGAUGGAUAAGAAAGGACAACUGGAAGUAGAAAUAAUCCGAGCCCGUGGCCUUGUUGUAAAACCAGGUUCAAAGACACUGCCAGCACCAUAUGUAAAGGUGUAUCUAUUAGAAAAUGGAGUCUGCAUAGCCAAAAAGAAAACAAAAGUAGCAAGAAAAACGCUGGAACCACUUUAUCAGCAACUUCUAUCAUUUGAAGAAAGUCCCCAAGGGAAAGUUUUACAGAUAAUUGUUUGGGGAGACUAUGGACGUAUGGAUCACAAAUCCUUUAUGGGAGUGGCACAGAUACUUUUAGAUGAACUGGACCUGUCCAACAUGGUGAUUGGGUGGUUCAAACUUUUCCCACCUUCUUCCCUAGUAGACCCAACCUUAGCUCCUCUCACUAGAAGAGCUUCCCAAUCAUCUCUUGAAAGUUCAACAGGACCUUCGUAUGCUCGCUCAUAGCAGCUGUGAAACUGUUGUCAUAGCAACCAGCGUUACAAAAAAAUAAAAUUACAGGUCGCAAACCCUGGUAACACUGCAUGCUUAAUGUUGUGUCUUCUGAGCCUGUUUCUAGGGCUGCAAGGCGAUCCUGUGUUCUCAAGGAAGUUGCACACAUUGUGCCCUACGGAAGGCCCUCAGGUGAUGGACUGAAAUCAUGAAGAACUGAUAGGUUUGGAGUUCAGGGACUCAGUUUUGGUCCAAUCUGAAGCCAUGGACUAAACUAAAGAAAUCAAUCUGUUUCAUGCAACAAAAGUCCUUUUCAAUGGCAUAUCUGUUUUGUUGCUCCCAUUUCUUUAUUUAUCUGCCCUCCCCUCCUAAAGUUUGGUUAUGCCACAGAAACGGAGUUACCCUCCCAUGAAGCCAUGUUACAAGUCAGUGGAUUAGCAGACAUUGGAAGAAAAGAAGAAUCUAAGGAUGCUGGAAAAGUCAACUGACACUUGCAGCAGUUGCUGGAGAUCUGAAAACUCUUCAUAUUGAAAAGGUUCAAGACUUAAAGUGGCAGGCUUCAUACCUCCAGCUGUUCACACAGUGAACCCCAGAUAUGUUGGACUCUCUGAAAAAUAAAAUUCUGUGGAUAUACUGUACUGUAUGAAAUUAAGAAACUUUUUUGCAUGGACACAGAUUUAGCUGAACACUUAAAUUAUUUUCUUGGGGCUGCAACUUGCAAAAAAGAAAAAAAAAGAAUAAAUCAGCCAUUUUCAACAGUUUAUAUUAUUUUUAAAAAUAAAUUUCACUAGUGCAUGGUUUUAAAGGGAAGAGAAUGCAACAGGGUGAUACAAAGGCACACCACGUUUAUCAUUCUUUAAACCAGUCAUGGUCUGUGUUUUUGCAGACUUAUAUUAAAAAUAAAAAAUAAUUUCUAGCAAAUAUUUAAAAUUCUGUUUAUGUGACAAAAAUAAGUGUAAUAUAUUAAAUUUAUUUAAAUGUAAAAGGUACAAGCCUUGUAAAGUUCAACAUAAUGUGCAAAUUGUACACUUAUUUUACCUUCUUCUUUCUCUAUCUCUCCUCCCAAUCUCCCUUCUUCCUUAUGCUCUUUUCCCCUCUACCUCCCAGGAUGAUCAGCAUAUUCCAAAAUGGCUACCUUUUGAAUUAAUACUGUCAUAUGCCCCAUAUUUGGUUCAGGGUUGCAGAUUGUUCUGCAUUUCUGAAUUAUUUGAGAAAAAUAUUGUUUAAGAGCUUACUUUUUUUCAAGCAUGUUGAAAAGGAUUUUGCAACAUGGCUUGGGAGUACAUUAAUGUAAUUCAGCAUGUAUUUGAUAAAGAAGAUAUUUGAACUUUUUCAAUUUAAUGUACAGUGCAUGGUAACUUGUUUUCAUUUUUUCUCACCUUCAAAUUGAAUUCUACAGCAAAAUACUGGAAUCAUGUGGCCAUUGUAAGAUGUCUUCAAUAAAUUUGUUUUCAGCACCAGCAUCUUUCAUUCAAAGACUGAACUAUUAUUUCUUGAAGGUUUUUGGAAAGAGGAAAAAUUAAGUACCUGAUUGAUUUUGAGGAAACAAAUUUAAGCACUUUUAUUUGCACUAAACCAAAUUGAUUGCUACCUUUUUGAAAUAAACGCAACAAAGGUUACAAAUCUCUACAGUUCUUCUGCUGUAAAGUUCAAUUUUCAUAAAUUACAUUUGCGUUGCAAAAGACAUAAUUAGAUAAUAUCAGUCUGGAAAGUAUCAGUCUUUGGUUCGUAAAAUAGCCUUAAAGAAAGCUUAUCAGUACCACUGUGUCAGCUAUUUGACACCGUUGCCAGAACCUCACUGCAGUUAAUGGAUCUUCAAAACCCUGGGGUUUGUAGCAGACAGUAACUACCGUUGGGUGGUGCUGCAAGUUCAAGCUUCUCAUUAAGUACGUUAUUUAAAGGGAAUGUAACUGGCUAAGUUUUAAUAACAAAAUAUCCUUUUUUUUUUUUUCUGGGUCUUCGUAUGCCUUUAAUACCUUCUUAAGGUUUAAUAUUAAAAUCUUGCAAUAAUUUUUGAAGUACAUUACAUUAACCUUUAUGGCCACACAGAAUUACUCUGAUUUUAUUUGAAAAUCUACUGAAGUUUCCCAUUACCAAAUUGUACAUGCCUCUUAAGAGAGAAAAAGUAAUAACAGUAUCACUUAUAAUGCCUUUUUCUUUGUGCAAUAUCAUAGAAAAUGAGAUUGUGUCUUGUCUGCAGAGUUUAUAUAAUGGAUUAUUGUUAAAUUAAUAGACAGACUGGUAAAAUUGUAUUUAUUGAAAUAAUUUAGACACCUGUCUACCAGCAGCAAAUAAAUACUACUAACAUGCAGUCUACAAUAUCCCCUAGGAUAUUAAACAAAAAUACAUAACCAUUUUCCUGACACUGUGAGAUGUGCUCACACAUUCUUGUAUACAUAGUCCUCUAUAAAUUAUUUCAAAUUUUAAAAUCAAGGACAUGACGCAUGGAAGGUUUGUACAUAAUUGUCAUUAUGCAGUAUUUAUUUUAAAAAAAAUUAUUGUAUUUUUUUUAAUUUUCACACGUCUGCAAUUCUACUUAUGGUUUAGUCAUGUAAAUAGUACUAUUCCAGUGAUCACUGCUGUCUUGUAAAUAGUACGUUUUAAAAAGUUAAAAGGAAUUACAGUUGGGGGAAAAAAAAAGGGCAGAUUAGGCCUGUAAUGAACACCAACUAAUGUAAAUCAAACUCAUUCUGGUGAUGGUAUUUAACACUUUAAAUAAAACAUUUUCUUUACAGAA